AUGGCCGCAUACGGCCGCACACCAGCAUCGACGACAGAGUCCAGCGCAGCGGCCGACGAUGACUUUGCUCUGGAUCUCGAUCUUUCUCUCGCCGAUCUCCGCAAGACGCCCAAGGUCACCGAGCACAUACCUGCGCCCCUCACACACGACCUCCACUGCACUCCCCGCCUGGGAAGAACGGUCAACUUGACCAAGAACGUUGAUGUCGGCCGCGCAUUCAAGCUGCUUGCCCAGGGCGUAGCGGCAAACAAACUACACAAGACUGUGCGUCUGCAGAAGGAGUACGAGCGUCCAGGUCUCAAGCGCAAGAGGCUCAAGAGCGAGCGGUGGCAGAAGAGAUUCAAGCUUGGUUUCAAGGCGACGGUGAAGCGCGUGCGGCAAUUGACCGCCCAGGGCUGGUAA